UGGAAAGGAGGCUGCGCCAAAAUAGGCACGUCAGCUAUGUGGCAUCAUGAGGCACCAGAGAAGAAAGAAAAAGUAAGUCUGCUCAACCGCCCACUGCAGGAGACGGGGGGGAUGUUUCACUAUCUUGGAUUUACAACCAUUUUGAAAUAUAUUUGAGGUCAAAGAAGACUUUUUCUUGCCCCCCUGUGGAGCCCCUGAACGCUGUUGGAGAGGGCCAUCAUCCGGAAAUCUUGACGGGCUAUUGAUUGUUUGGCCCACAUGAUUCAGCGCCUGAAUUUCCUGAGCGGUUAAGGACUCAAGGAACAAACGAUGGAUCAAAACUUGUUUGGAGGGGCCCCCAGGUUUCUCACUCGCCCAAAGGCAUUUUCAGUGUGUGUGGGCAAGGAUGCCACACUCAGCUGCACAAUUGUGGGCAGCCCGACUCCACUGAUAACCUGGGAAAAAGACAAGCUGAAGCUGACGUCUGGAGGCCGCUUCAAGACUGUGGAAGAUGGAGACGCUUAUCGCCUGACCAUCUAUGACUUAACUCUGGAGGACAGUGGACAGUACAUGUGCAGAGCUAAGAACAGCGUCGGUGAAGCUUACGCCGCAGUAACCCUCAAAGUGGCGUUGCCGACAGAGAUGUCUCAGAAGGCCCCUGUUUUCAUGGUGAAGCCUGCCUCUGCACGUGUUGUUUUGGGCGGUGAUGUCGUUUUCCACUGCCGAGUUGCAGCUUACCCUGAGGCCAACUUUGAAUGGGAAAAGGAUGGGCGCUACCUGGGGGAGACCAACCGCAUCAAGAUCGUUUCUGAGAGCGAUGGCAGCACUUUAAAGAUCCAGUGCGUACGAAACCUGGACAGCGGCACUUACACCUGCAGGGCCCAGAACACUGUCGGCCGCGCACAAGCUGCGGCUGCCCUUGUUGUAGAUGCUCAGGAUUCCCACCGCCAAGCCGCAGAUAAGAGCACUUCCCUUCUCUCUCACCUACAGAAGCGCAAAGAGGAGAUCUCCAUCUACCGCACUGAAGAAAGCAGCAGCUCCAUUUCUUCCUCCUCCACAGCCAAAAUCACGGAUGCUUUCAGUUCUCUGGGCCUGGAACACGAGCUGCGAGCAUCUGCCCUGGCGAAGCUUCCCAAAGGUGUAUUCACUCGUACCUGCACUGUGACUGAGGGGAAACAUGCCAAACUCAGCUGCUUUGUGACCGGUCACCCCAAACCCCACAUUAUCUGGAGGAAGGAUGGAACAAACAUCAGUGAGGGCCGCAGACAUGUCAUUUAUGAGGACCAAGCUGAGAACUUCAUCCUGAAAAUCCUGUACUGCAAGCAGACCGAUAAUGGCCUCUACACCUGCAAUGCAACCAAUAUGGCUGGGCAGACCUACAGCGCUGUGUUAGUAACAGUCAAAGAACCCAAAGUGCCAUUCAGGAGAAAGCUGCAGGAUGUGGAGGUGCAGGAAAAAACCUCAGCCACACUCAUGUGUGAGGUGCCUCUUAGUUCCACUUAUACCAACUGGUUCAUGGAGGAAACGCGACUGCAGCAAAAUGCUAAAUAUCGCAUGGAGGAGGAAGGCACCCUCCGUCGUCUCACCAUACACAACGUUACCACCAACGACGAUGGAGUUUAUAUAUGCGAGAUGAAAGAGGGCAGUCGCACUGUGGCUGAGCUCACAGUCCUGGGUAACAUAACUAAGAAGCUUCCUCGGAGGACAGUAGUUCCUGUUAGCGACACUGUCAUCUUCUGCGUAGAGCUGGAACAUCCCUAUCCAGACACCUACUGGACUCGCAAUGGCGAGAAGUUAAAGGAGGAUUCACGUAUUUCCAUCGGCUGCGUGCUUAGACAGUACACACUCACAAUUAGAGAAUGCCAGGCAGAGGACUCUGGAGAAGUGGCGUUUGUGGCUGGAGACUGCAAGACAUCCACCCGAUUCUCAGUUACUGCUGCCCGGAAGCAUCCUCCCGAUCCUCCAGUUGACGCUGUGGUGCAGAACAAAACAGAGUCCUCCAUCACCAUUCAGUGGUCUCCUCCUGACAGUGACCGCCCUGUCCCCAUCAAAGGCUACGUUGUAGAGCGAAGAAAGGUUGGCACCCAAAUGUGGCAGAGGUGCAAUGCUGAAGAAACCAUUGUUGCAACAGAGUUUACAAUCUGCAACUUCACUGAAGAAGCUAGCUACCAGUUCCGUAUCUCUGCCAUUAAUGACUUUGGGCAGAGUGCCUACCUGGAGGUACCUGGAACCUUCUACCUUGAACCCACUGCAGAAAUCAGAAAAGGUCUGAUUAACAGCGCUGCAGUCUCCGGUGAGGAAUUCUCCAUCUCUGUUGAGCUGUCUGCUGUUUGCUCAGGCUUCUGGUCCCUAAACGGACGCCUUUUGCGCAGCGGAGCCGACUACCUCAUCACCAGGUCAAAAAACAUACACACAUUGCUCAUCCGAGUUGUGACCAUGGAAAUGAACGGAACUGAAGUCAAGUUUGUGGGUGGAGGCUCACAAAGCAGUUGCAUCCUCAAUGUGAAGGCCCCUUCUGUUAGGUUCACCAACAAAUCCGAUCAUCUAGAGGUGGUGACCUGCAGUGCCCAAGCCACUGCUCAGCUGACUGUUGAGGUGUCAGAUUAUGACACACAGGUGGUUUGGAUGAAGAACGGACGGGAGCUAAAAAUGGGCAAAAAGUAUGAAUAUGUGAUUAAUGACCGCAAGAGGAUCCUGAUGGUACACAACGUCACUGAGGAAGAUGUGGGCAUUUAUGAUUGUGUGUUACCUGAUGACAAGAUGUCCAUGCAACUCACUCUUAAAGAUGAACCUGCCAAAUUUCUAAACAAAGCCAGAGGUACCAUGGGAAUGUCAUCGACUCUCAAAGGAGAUCUUGAGCUGAGCUGUGAGGUUUCAUCUGCCAGUGCUGCUGUUGUGUGGAAAAAAGAUCAAAUGGAGAUCACUGAGGACCAAAGAACUACCAUCAUCUCCAAAGGGACUCAAAGGAAACUCAUUAUCAAGAGUGCCAAGAAGAUUGAUGAAGGACAUUAUUCAUGUGAGACAGCAGCUGACAAAAUCACAUUCCAGGUUAAGAUAAAAGAAACUUCAGCUGUAGCUGCCUUCUCCAACAAAGAGUCAGUCCAAAAGGAAGUGAAGGCCACUCUCUCUCAAAAAGCAACUCUUAGUUGUAAUGUGUCAGAUAGCAAGACAGAGGUGAAAUGGUACAAAGAUGGCAAGCUGUUGAUAUCCAGUAGGACCAUAUACUCAGAAGCAAAAGGCAACACUCGCCAGCUGGUGAUUGAAAAGGUGGAGAAGAGUGAUGCUGGAGAGUAUACCUGUGAAGCUGGAGGGGACAAACUAGUCUUCAAGAUAUUUGUCACAGAUUCCCAGUCAGCUUUCAUCAACAAGGAGUCUAUUCAGAAGGAGGUUAAAGCCACGCUUUCCCAGAAAGCCACGCUGAGCUGUGAGGUGGUCGAUACCAAGACAGAGGUCAAAUGGUACAAGGAUGGCAAGUUAGUGACUUCCAGUAAGACAAUCCAUACUGAAUCAAAGGCCAAGAAUCGCCAGCUGGUGAUCGACAGUGUGGAGAAGAAGGAUGCUGGAGAGUAUAUCUGUGAGGCUGGGACUGAAAAGCUUGCCUUCAAACUACAGGUGGCAGACACACAGGUCCAGUCAGCUUUCUCUAAUAAGGAGUCAAUCCAAAAGGAAGUAAAAGCCACCCUGUCACAGAAAGCUGUUCUAAGCUGUGAGGUAUCUGAUAACAAGACAGAAGUGAAAUGGUACAAGGAUGGCAAGCUGCUGACUUCCAGCAGGACAAUCCAUACUGAGUCAAAGGGCAAGAAUCGCCAGCUGGUGAUCGACAGCGUGGAGAAGAAGGAUGCUGGACAGUACGUCUGUGAGGCUGGGAAUGAAAAGCUCACCUUCAAACUACAGGUGGCAGAGGCCCAAUCAGUCUUCUAUAAUAAGGACUCUAUACAAAAGGAGGUGAAAGUCACUUUGUCCCAGAAAGCCACGCUGAGCUGUGAGGUUUCUGAUUCCAAGACAGAGGUGAAGUGGUACAAAGACGGAAAGCUCCUGUCCUCCAGCAAGACUAUCCACACAGAGUCUAAGGGCAAGAAUCGCCAGCUGGUGAUCGACAGCGUGGAGAAGAAGGAUGCUGGAGAGUACAUCUGUGAGGCUGGGACUGAAAAGCUCGCCUACAAACUACAGGUGGCAGACACACAGGUCCAAUCAGCCUUCUUUAACAAAGAGUCAGUGAAGAAGGAAUUGAAAGCCACUAUCUCUCAGAAGGCUGUCCUGAGCUGUGAAGUAGCCGAUGCCAAGACAGAAGUGAAGUGGUACAAGGAUGGCAAGUUAGUGACUUCCAGUAAGACAAUCCAUACUGAGUCAAAGGCCAAGAAUCGCCAGCUGGUGAUCGACAGUGUGGAGAAGAAGGAUGCUGGAGAGUACAUCUGUGAGGCUGGGACUGAGAAGCUUGCCUUCAAACUACAGGUGGCAGACACACAGGUCCAGUCAGCUUUCUCUAAUAAGGAGUCAAUCCAAAAGGAGGUAAAAGCCACCCUGUCACACAAAGCUGUUCUAAGCUGUGAGGUAUCUGAUAACAAGACAGAAGUAAAAUGGUACAAGGAUGGCAAGCUGCUAAGUUCUAGCAGGACAAUCCAUACUGAGUCAAAGGCCAAGAAUCGUCAGCUGGUGAUCGACAGUGUGGAGAAGAAGGAUGCUGGAGAGUACAUCUGUGAGGCUGGGACUGAAAAGCUUGCCUUCAAACUACAGGUGGCAGACACACAGGUCCAGUCAGCUUUCUCUAAUAAGGAGUCAAUCCAAAAGGAGGUAAAAGCCACCCUGUCACACAAAGCUGUUCUAAGCUGUGAGGUAUCUGAUAACAAGACAGAAGUAAAAUGGUACAAGGAUGGCAAGCUGCUAAGUUCUAGCAGGACAAUCCAUACUGAGUCAAAGGCCAAGAAUCGCCAGCUGGUGAUCGACAGUGUGGAGAAGAAGGAUGCUGGAGAGUACAUCUGUGAGGCUGGGACUGAAAAGCUUGCCUUCAAUCUACAGGUGGCAGACACACAGGUCCAGUCAGCUUUCUCUAAUAAGGAGUCAAUCCAAAAGGAAGUAAAAGCCACCCUGUCACAGAAAGCUGUUCUAAGCUGUGAGGUAUCUGAUAACAAGACAGAAGUGAAAUGGUACAAGGAUGGCAAGCUGCUGAGUUCUAGCAGGACAAUCCAUACUGAGUCAAAGGGCAAGAAUCGCCAGCUGGUGAUUGACAGUGUGGAGAAGAAGGAUGCUGGAGAGUACAUCUGUGAGGCUGGGACUGAGAAGCUGGCCUUUAAGAUACAUGUGCAAGAGAUCCAAGUCAAGUUUGCCUUCUCCAGCAAAGAGUCUGUCCAAAAGGAGGUGAAAGCUACUCUCUCUCAGAAAGCCACUCUCAGCUGUGAGGUAUCUGAUAUCAAUACAGAGGUAAAAUGGUACAAGGAUGGCAAGCUUCUGACUACCAGCAAGACAGUUCAUGUAGAGUCAAAAGGCAGGAGUCGGCAGCUGGUGAUCAACAGUGUGGAUAAGAAGGAUGCUGGGGAGUACAUCUGUGAGGCUGGGUCUGAGAAGCUGCCCUUUAAGAUACAGGUGUUAGAAGCCCCAGCUGGCUUCUCUAACACGGAGUCAGUCCAGAAGGAAGUGAAAACUUAUCUCUCACAGAGAGCCACGCUUAGUUGUGAGGUUUCAGAUUCCAAGACAGAGGUAAAGUGGUACAAGGAUGGCAAGCUGCUGACUUCCAGCAAAGGAGCCCACAUGGAGUCUAAGGGCAAAACUCGUGAGCUGGUGAUAGAAAAAGUGGAGAAAAAGGAUGCUGGAGAAUAUACUUGUGAGGCUGGAACAGAGAAGCUGGUAUUUAAGUUGCAGCUAACAGAUUUAGCCAUAAAGUUCCAGAAGAAAUCUGUCAAGGACACAUGUGUGGUUCAAGCAAGUGAAAGCAUUGUUUUAUCCACUGAGCUGACCGCAGAGGGUGGUAGUGUGAGAUGGUUUAGAGACAGCGUGGAGCUCAAGGAGAGCAGCAAGUAUGAAAUGAAAAAAGAGGGCCUUUCUCGUACUCUGAUAGUGAAAUCUGCAGAAAUGAAAGACAGUGGAGCCUACUCUUGUCAAACUGCGGAUGAUAAACUGGAGUUCAAAGUUCAAGUUAAAGAUUCAGCUUUGAAGUUUGUUCUCCCUUUGAAACCUGCCACAGUGGAACUGGGAGGUACACUAAGCCUGAUUUGCGAACUAAAUCAAGCUUCAGGGGAUGCUGUAUGGCACCAUAAUGGCCGUGAGAUUAAACCUGGAGGCAGGUUCUGUGUCAGAACAGAUGGUGCUAGGCGAAUUCUCACUGUGACUGGCAUGACUAAGGAAGAUGAAGGAGAAUACAGCUGUGAAUGUAGAAAUGACAAGACAUCUGCUAAAGUUUCCUCUAAAGCACCAAGAUUAGUGAGGCUGGUCACCAAACUGAACAACGUGGUUGCAACUGAGGGAAAAGAUGCUGUUUUCAAGUGUGCCGUCAGCCCAGCAGACGUCAGCGUCAGAUGGUUCCACAACAGUAUCCCCAUCAUUGCUGGGCAGAAGUAUAAGCUUGAGCAAGGUGGUGGCAGCCACUCUCUUACCAUCACCUCAGUCACUCAGAAAGAUGCAGGAGAGAUAAGUGUUGAUGCAGAAGGCAAAAGCUGCAAAGCUACUCUACAAGUGCAACAUGAACCUGUGACUUUCAAGAAAAAGCUAGAAAACCUGACAGUGGAGGAGCAAAGCGAAGUGAGGCUGGAAGUGGAGCUCAGUAAGGCAUCGGAUGAAGUCAGGUGGAUGAAGAACAGUGUAGUGCUGCAACCUGCAGGAAACAUGGAGAUUCGGGUAGAGGGAGCUAAGCAGGCUCUGGUCUUCAAGAGUGUGACUUAUGCUGACCGUGGCAUCUACUCUUGCGAAACUCUGGAUGAUAAGACCCAGGCCAAGCUCAGCGUGGAGAUGAAGAAGAUCCAGGUAAUAAAGGGUCUAACAGAAACCAAGGCACGCGAAACUGAGACAGUAACACUGGAGGUAGAACUCAGUCAGGCCAAUGUUGAAGGCUCCUGGAACAGAGACAGGGUCAAAUUAAAGUCAGGGCCAAACUGCCAUAUCACAGCUCAGGGAAAGAAGCACAUCCUGACGUUGUCCAGUCUCAAGCAGGAGGAUGCAGGAAUGAUUUCCUUCCAGGCAGAAGGAGUGCAUACUUCGGCUAAACUGAUCGUCACAGAGGCUCCUGCUAUGAUCUCCAAACCUAUUAUGGAUAUGAGUGUUCCUGAGAAGGAGAAGGUUACGUUUGAAUGUGAAGUGUCCAGAGCGAAUGCAGAUGUUAGAUGGUUCAAGGAUGAGGUGGAACUAAAACCGGGAAAGAACUUUGCUAUUCAUUCAUUGGGCCAAAAGCGCACUUUGGCCAUCAACAAAUGCUCCCCUGAAGAUGGAGGCACAUACAUCUGCCGUACUACUGAUGAUAACACCUCCGCCAAGCUCACUGUUCAUGCCAGAGAUAUCAAGAUCAUUAAGAAGCUGGCAGAUUUGGAGGUAAUGGAGAAGGAGAGUGCGAAAUUUGUCUGUGAAAUCUCACACGAUGAAGUGGAGUGCCAGUGGUACAAAGGAAACACAAAACUCAAAGCCACUGACAACAUAAAGAUGAGGCAAGAGGGCAGAACUUAUGUGCUGCUGUUCAAGUCUGUUACCCCAGAAGAUAUGGGUGAAAUUAGGUUUACAGCUGAGAAAGCAUCUUCAACUGCUAAACUUAAAGUGAAAGAGCUUCCUGUGAAGUUUGUGAAGCGACUCAGGGAUAAGAUAGCGAUGUAUAAGCAUCGUGGUCAUCUUGAAUGCCAAGUGUCACGUGCCAGUGCAAAGGUGAAGUGGUACAAGAACAAGACGGAGAUCAAACCCAGCAAGAAGUACGAGAUCAAAAGCGAAGACCUGUACCGAAAGCUCACCGUUAAUGAUGUGGACUCUGGGGAUGAAGACACGUAUACCUGUGAUGCCACUGAUGACAAGACAUCCUGUAAACUGCUUGUGGAAGAGCAGUCCAUCAGCAUAGUGCGGGAACUUAGUCCAGUAGAAGUCACAGAACCCUUUGCAGCUGUUUUUGAAGUGGAAAUCAGUAUGGAACUGGUGAAACCUCCUGUAUGGACUUUGAAUGGAGUUGCUCUGCAGGAGGGGCCUGAUGUCGAAAUGGAGAAAGAAGGCACGAUGCACCGUCUCACUUUCAAAAAGACUAAAGCAUCAAUGACGGGAACUGUACAGUUUACAGCUGGGAAAAGCAAAUCUUUAGCCCAGCUCACAGUUAAAGAGCGCCCACUUGAGAUUGCAGAAGCCAUUAAAGAUGUUAAGGCGAAGGAGAAAAGCUCAGCUAUACUCAGCUGCAAGUUCUCUGCUCCACCCAAAGAGGUUAACUGGUUCAAAGGUCGAGUACCUCUGGCAGCAUCAGACAAGUACAACAUCAAGCAAGAUGGUACACGCGCCCAAAUUACCAUUCACAGGCUCACUGAGGAGGACAGUGGAGAGUACCGCUGUCAGUCUGGACCUGCUGAGACCAAAGGCACACUUACUGUUGAAGUGCGUGAAAUCAAAAUCACCAAACACUUGGCCAAUACAGAAGUCGAUGAAGACAGCGAUGCGGUAUUCACCUGUGAGAUUAACUACGCUGAUGAAGAAGCUCAGUGGCUUCUGAAUGACAAGGUGCUCUUCACAAAUGAGGUUAACACCAUCGCUCACGAGGGGAAGGUUCACAAGCUGACACUGAAGAACCUGGCACCUCAAGAUGGAGGAACAAUCACCUUUCAAGUCCGCAAGGUCAAAGAGUCUGUCACACUCAAGGUUAAAGAGAAGCGCGCUGUGUUCCUCAAGUCACUAGAUGAUGUUAUUGGAGAAGAGAAAGGCAUGAUCACUCUGGCGUGUGAGGCAUCCAAGCCGAGAGUUUCCCCCACAUGGAGAAAAGAGGGUAACGUCUUAAAAGCUGGGCCAAAAUAUGAGCUCCUUCACACAGGCAAGUCUUUGGGCCUGAUCAUCAAGGAUGUCACCAAAGACGAUGCUGGGGAGUACAGCUGUGACCUUGGCACUGAAGUAUCCAAGGCAAAGGUUACUGUCAGAGAAAUUGGUAUUGGAAUAACUAAAUGGCUGAAAUCAGUUGAAGUGAAUGAGGGAGAGACAUGUAGCUUUGAGUGCAUCCUGUCUCGUGAGAGCACAGAUGAGUGCUCCUGGACUGUCAGUGGCCAAGCUGUUACAAACAGAGGCCGCUUUAGCAUCUCCACCAAAGGACGCAAAUACAUGCUCACUAUUAAAGAUGUCUCCCCUGCUGAUGCUGGUGAGGUAGUCUUCAGUAUCAAAGACUUGAGCUCCAAAGCAACAUUAACAGUUGAAGGUAAAGCUUCAUCUGUAUCAAAAGGACUGCAGAAUAUUUGUGUCGUUCAAGGGGAAGAUGCUGUUUUUACUUGUGAGGUGACACAGGCUAGUUUUGCUGUAAAGUGGGCCAAGGAUGGUAAAGCCAUCAAAAAGGGCCAGAAAUAUGAGCUCAGCCAGCAAGAUAGAGUCAUGAAACUGGCCAUCCAUAAUGUGUCUGCUCAAGACUCUGGAGAGUACAGCUGUGAAGUUAUUGGAGGUGCAACCACCAGAGCUAAGCUAGAAAUCAAGGAGCCAAUCCAUAAAUUCACUAAAGCGCUAAAGGACAGUGAAGCAGACGAGAAGGGCUCUGUGACUCUACAAUGCACAACGGAACAAAUCCCAUCCACGGUUGUAUGGCUUAAAGGUCACACAGAGCUCAAGGCUGGAGGGCGAUAUGAGAUGUCUCAGAAAGAUGGCGUCUUAACUCUCACCAUCAAACAACUGGAGGAGAAUGAUACUGAUAUCUACACUUGUGACGUGGGCACUGCCAAGAGCAUGGCCAAGGUGACCGUUAAAGCCCUGCCCGCCACUUUUAUUGAGAAGCUCAAAAACCAGGAGAAAAAAGAAGGGGAGAGUGUGACACUUCGCUGUGAGCUAUCAAAACCUGCAGCGGUCGUUCAGUGGAAAAAAGACUCUGAAAUUCUCAAACCAGGAGAGAAGUAUGACAUGAAGCAGGCAGAGGGCUCUUGUAUACUUCAGAUUCUGAAUUUGAAGAUAGAAGAUAGUGGAGCGUAUACAUGCGUAUGCGCGGACGAGAAGACAUCUGCAGCCUUAAAAGUCACUGCAUUGCCACCAAACUUCACACAGAAGCUGGAGAGUCAGCAGGCCGAGGAGGGAGCUGACAUUAGUCUGUGCUGUGAGCUCUCUAAAGCUGGAGUCCCAGUAGAGUGGAAGAAGGGAGCGCAGGUCCUGAAGUCUGGAGAAAAGUACCAGAUGAAGCAGAAGACCUCUGUGAAUGAACUUGUGAUUAAGAAGGUGGUGCCUGAAGACAGUGGAGACUACAGCUGUGUGUGUGGAGACCAGAAGACCACAGCCAGCCUUAGCAUAAAGGCCAAACCAGUCACCUUCAAACUGAAGCUGGAGAGCGUGGAGGCCGAGGAGGGAGGCAGUGUUACUUUGCGCUGUGAGCUCUCUAAGGCUGGAGUCCCAGUGGAGUGGAAGAAGGGAACGCAGGUCCUGAAGUCUGGGGAGAGGUACCAGAUGAAGCAGAAGACCUCUGUGAAUGAACUUGUGAUAGAAAAAGUGGUGCCUGAAGACAGUGGAGACUACAGCUGUGUGUGCGGAGACCAGAAGACCACAGCAAGUCUCAAUAUAAAGGCCCAACCAGUGACCUUCAAACAGAAGCUGGAGAGUCAGCAGGCCGAGGAGGGAGCUGACAUUAGUCUGUGCUGUGAGCUCUCUAAGGCUGGAGUCCCAGUAGAGUGGAAGAAGGGAGCGCAGGUCCUGAAGUCUGGAGAAAAGUACCAGAUGAAGCAGAAGACCUCUGUGAAUGAACUCGUGAUUAAGAAGGUGGUGCCUGAAGACAGUGGAGACUACAGCUGUGUGUGUGGAGACCAGAAGACCACAGCCAGCCUUAGCAUAAAGGCCAAACCAGUCACCUUCAAACAGAAGCUGGAGAGCCAGCAGGCCGAGGAGGGAGCUGACAUUAGUCUGUGCUGUGAGCUCUCUAAGGCUGGAGUCCCAGUAGAGUGGAAGAAGGGAGCGCAGGUCCUGAAGUCUGGAGAAAAGUACCAGAUGAAGCAGAAGACCUCUGUGAAUGAACUUGUGAUUAAGAAGGUGGUGCCUGAAGACAGUGGAGACUACAGCUGUGUGUGUGGAGACCAGAAGACCACAGCCAGCCUUAGCAUAAAGGCCAAACCAGUCACCUUCAAACUGAAGCUGGAGAGCGUGGAGGCCGAGGAGGGAGGCAGUGUUACUUUGCGCUGUGAGCUCUCUAAGGCUGGAGUCCCAGUGGAGUGGAAGAAGGGAACGCAGGUCCUGAAGUCUGGGGAGAGGUACCAGAUGAAGCAGAAGGCCUCUGUGAAUGAACUUGUGAUAGAAAAAGUGGUGCCUGAAGACAGUGGAGACUACAGCUGUGUGUGUGGAGACCAGAAGACCACAGCUAGUCUCAAUAUAAAGGUUCUUCCAGUCAUAUUCAUUCGAGACCUGGAGAGCCAAGUAGCUGAAGAGGGAGGUAGUGUUACCCUGCACUGUGAGCUAUCGAAACCUGGAGUCCAUGUAGAGUGGAAGAAAGGAUCGGAAGUCCUGAGCUGUGGAGAAAAGUACCAGAUAAAACAAAAAGGAUUCUGUCAUGAGCUGCACAUUCUUGAUUUGAGGCCUGGAGAUACAGGAAGCUAUUCAUGCUCUUUAGAGGAUACAAUAAGCUCAGCAUCUCUGGUUGUAAAUGCUCUUCCAGUUAUUUUCACAAAAGAGCUGGAAAGCCGAACGGCUGAUGAGGGUGACAGUGUCACCCUGAACUGUGAGCUCUCUAAACCUGGUGUUCCUUUGGAGUGGAGGAAGGGAGAACUUGGUCUUUGUCCUUGUGCAAAGUAUGAAAUUAGACAAAAAGGACACCUGGCUACACUAAUAAUCCAUGAUGUUGACUCAGAGGAUUCUGGGAGUUACACAUGUGAUGCCGGUGAUCGUCGUAGCACCGCACAGCUAGCUGUGAAGGCCAAGCCUGUCCUUUUCAAAACCCAGCUACAGAACCUUGAAGGACAGGCAGGAGAGAGCGCCCGUCUUCGUUGUGAAAUCACAAAGCCGGGAGUCAGUGUGGUCUGGAGGUGUGGUGAUCGGGUGCUGGCAUCCAGCAGCAAGUAUCGCCUGAAGCAGGAAGGGACUGUAGUUGAGCUUAUCAUCUACAAACUGCAAGGAACUGACUCAGGAGAGUACUCCUGUGAUACAGGCAGGCAGAAGACUUCAGCUGUCCUCACUGUGAAGGAGGUCGAGGUUAAAAUACUGAAAUUCUUGGAGAGCUGCGUUGUGUGCGAGGGUGAAGAUGUCUGCUUCGAGUGUCUGGUUUCUCAUGAGGAGGCACCACUUGCACUGUGGAAACUCCAGGAUGUCCCUUUGCAGAAUAAUGAAAUGAACCUGAUCAAGGCUGAGGGUCGGCUGCACAGCCUCACACUCAGAGGCGUCACUACAGCUGAUUCAGGGACAGUAACUUUCACUGUGGGAAACCACACUUCCACAGCUUCUUUGACAGUCAGAGCUGCACCUGUAGUAUUCAAGAAGGAGCUGAAAAGUCAAGAGGCCAAAGAAGGAGGCGAAGCCUCUCUGUCCUGUGAGGUAUCAAGCCCUGAUCACAAGGUGACCUGGUGGAAGGGCUCAACUCUUCUCACACAGGGAGAGAAAUACACCAUGGAGCAAAGAGCAACCACUCACUUUCUGAUCAUACACAAGCUGAUCAUGGAGGAUGGUGGGAAAUAUACCUGUGACACUGGAGACCAGAAAAGCACUGCUACCCUGACUGUAAAAGAGCAUGUGCGAAUCAUUCGAGAACUCUGCGACAUUACUGUGACCACUGGGAAAGAUGCCGUCUUUGAGGUUGAGCUGUCACACUCUGGUGUCACCAAUGGGGAAUGGUGGCUUUCAGACAACCUGCUUCAAAAUAAUGAUCUGAAUCAAAUGAGCAUUAUAGGGAGAGUGCACCGCUUGGUCCUCAAGAUGGUAACCACAGACGAAUCUGGAGAUGUUGCCUUCGUGGUGGGAGAAGAAAAGAGUGUGGCCUGUCUUCUGGUGGAGGAGAAACCCAAAGUGCUAAUAUUAGAGAAGCCACACAACACUAUUGCAUUAGAAGGUGAAACGGUCACUUUGGCCUGCACCAUCUCUGACCCCAGUGGUAAGGUUACCUGGAUCAAAAACAAUGUGGCCCUCCAAGCGGGUCUCAAGUAUGACCUGAAGAAGAAUGAAGCAUUUCAUCAGCUUCGUAUCCACAACCUGGUGGCUGAGGACGCCGGAACGUAUACCUGCGACACUGGGGAUGCACAGUGUGAUGUCACGCUGACUGUGGAAGGUGCCCCAGUCUUCUUCCAGACAGAGCUCAAGAACCAGGAUGCCAUAGAGGGCGAUGAUAUUACUCUGCACUGUGAGCUCUCUAAGCCAGGUGUUUGUGUUGAGUGGAGGAAAGGAGGAACAGUCCUCCGGCCUGGUAAGAAGUAUGAGAUGAGACAGUCAGGGUGUAUUCAAGAGCUCUGUAUAUGGAAUCUGGAGCCUGAUGACAGUGGCUACUACACCUGCGAUGCAGGAGACCAGCUCACUACAGCUUCUUUAGCAGUGCAAGCAAAAGAAGUCUUCAUUGUUUCUGGCCUUAAGUCCACCGAUGUUUUUGUUGGCGAAUGGGCAACUUUCUCCUGCCAGCUCUCUGGUAAAGCCCACGGCAAGGUGCAGUGGUGGCUGGAUGGCAGCUUGUUGGAGAACAGCCCCUUUAGUGAGAUAGGGCUGGCCCAGGGCCACAUCCACACCCUAACCUUAAAGAACCUGGCCACAGAUGACUCUGGCACUGUCACCUUCAAAGCUGGCAGUUUAACAUCAACAGCCAAGCUCUUGGUCAAAGAUCCCACAGUUGAAGUGGUGAGCGAGAUGGAGGACCUCCGGGUGGUUGAAAACCAGCCGGCUGAGUUCAUCUGCCAGUACUCAAGACCAGUGAAGGCUCAGUGGAAGAAAGAUGGGCAGCCUUUGCAGCCUGAUGGCCGAAGGGUGGUAGUGGAGCAGGACUGGAAUGUGGCUCGCUUGUACAUUAGCCAUGUGUCCGCUGAGGACAGGGGCACGUACUCCUGUGAGGCAGAGGGGACCUGCGUGGUCGCUUCACUUCAUGUGGAAGCCAAACCCAUUACCAUUGUUCAGGGCCUGGAGAAUGUGGAGACUUUUGAUGGAGGCGAAGCGCUCUUUGAGUGUGCCCUGUCUCGUCCUGAGAGCAAAAACUGCCAGUGGCUCCUUGAUGGCAAACCACUGAAAGAAUCCCCUAAUGCUGAGGUUGUAUCAUUCGAGAGCGGUCGUCGCCAUCUGCUCCUGCUGAAAGAGCUGCGUGUCAAAGACAGUUGCACGGUGACUUUCAGAGCUGGCACAGCUUCCACAUCUGCCCAGCUCACUGUUAAAGGUUGGCAGUUGGCCAUUGUGAAGGGUUUGGAGGACAGAGUGGCUGCAGUGGGGGAGAAAGUCGAGUUCUGUGUUGAGCUCACGGAGGUGGUCCCUACAACAGAAGUGGUCUGGUAUGCUAAUGGAGUUGAGCUGAAGCCCAGUGACCUCUGGGCUAUGAGGGCCGAUGGUCGGUCUUACCGCCUUGUCCUGAGACAGGCGCCUCUUUUGCCCCAGCAGGAAAUUACAUUUGCUGCCAGAGAUGCUAUCUCUCUGGCCAAGCUCACCAUCAUCACUGUGCCUGAUCCUCCAGAGGAUCCGGAGGUCCUAAGUAAGACAAAAAAGUCUGUUACCCUCUCUUGGUUCACACCUUUGCAUGAUGGAGGAAGUCCCAUUCUGGGCUACAGAGUGGAGAUCCGAAUGGUAGACAGUGCCCUCUGGCUUCCAUGUCAUUCUGAGCCUGUGCGUAACACCGAAUUUGUGGUUGAAAAUCUCAGUCCAGGCAGUGCCUACAGGUUUAGAGUGGCAGCCAUCAACAGAGCAGGGAUAGGGGAGCCUGUUGAGCUGCCUCACACUGUUCAGCUUGAAGCACCUCCUCCGCCACCGAUUACCCCAGAUGCAAAACCGGAAGCGACUGAGGUACUGGGACAGCCCAGUCUUCCUCCUGAGGCUGCUGAAGAAGGUGAUCUCCAUGAACUUUGGGAAGCAUCAGCCAAGAAACGACGCAUGAGUCGGGAGCCAACUCUGGACUCCAUCUCUGAACAACCAGAGGAGGACGGCAAAAGUGGUCGGAGCAAAUUAGACCAGAAUCAGCUUCCACAAUCUGAGAAAGUGGAAGUCAAAUCAGCAGAGAAGGAGCAGGCCAUUGUGUCAAAGCAGCAGACAGAAACCAGCCUGUGCACCAGCUCUGAGGAUGAGUCUGUUUCUGGGCGUUCAACACUUGUUUCCUACCUCAAAAAGAGCAGCAAGACUACUGAGACAGUGACAAAGGAAGCAGAUACUCUAGCCGCUGAGAGAUUCUUCGCACAUUUCCAAAUGUCAGAGCAGAAAACUGUGCAGCAGACAGAAGUGAAAACAACUGUAGUUCAGCAAACACAAGAAAAACACGUGUCUACAGAGGAAACUAGCAUCAUGGAGAUCGGUAAAGAGGAUGACCCUGAGCUCAGAGAAGCUGCUGUUAAAAUUCAAGCUGCCUUCAAGGGCUACAAGGCCCGCAAGGACAUGCGUCCUGUUUUUAAAGAAGUCUUCAAAGACCAGACUAAAGAACCUAAUGGCACCAUACAUCUGGAAUGUGUGACAGAAGGUAAACCUGAUAAGGUCCGCUGGCUGAAAGAUGGAGAACCACUGACUGAUGGCAAGCAUCAUCAUAUUGAUAUCUAUAAUGAUGGCACCUGCUCACUGGUCAUUACUGCAAUCACCACCAAGGACACUGGAGUUUACACUUGUGAAGCCACUAACAAGUUUGGGGUAGCUUCUCACAGCGGUAAGGUGACUGUGGGAACGGUAAGAGAAUCAUCGGGCCGACGGCCGCUUACUGUAGGUUACAGUGCUGACAGUGAGCCUGAGAGCUCCUCCGGAAGUGAGAUGGAUGAGUCGCUGAGACAGGCAAGCAGACGCCUCCGGCGCCUGUUGCGCACGCGUCUCCCACCAGAUGUUGAGGAAGAACCAUUUGUCAGUGCAGAUGAAGGAGACUUGCGAGCCCCAGACCCACAAUCUUACCGUGAAGAUGACAAUUAUAUCUACAUUCGUUUUGAUUCACGGACAGAAGCUGAAGUUGCCUCUACGAGAUUUCAGGAGAUGUUUACAGUCCAUGGGGUUCCUGUGGAGACCACAAUCAUACCUGCAGGGUCUCACAAAGUGGAGCUGCGAAUUAAAAAGAUGGGCUACAUACAAGAUGGUACACAGACGCCCACACAAGAUAGACAGCCUCCUGCUUUCACGACUGGAGCUCCAGCUGCACCGGUCUUCUUAACCGAGCUACAAAGUCAGGAUGUUCCAGACGGUUAUCCAGUCAGCUUUGACUGUGUUGUGAUUGGCAAGCCACCUCCCACUGUUCGCUGGUAUAAGGAUGGCAAGCUUCUGGAGGAGAAUGACCAUUACAUGAUCAAUGAAGACCAGGAGGGCUGCCACCAACUUAUCAUCACCACUGUGUUGCCUACUGAUAUGGGGGUCUAUCGCUGCACAGCUGAAAACAGCAGCGGCAUUGCAUCUACUAAAGCUGAACUCAGGGUUGACAUGUCUUGCAGCUCAGAUUAUGACACUGCUGCUGAUGCCACUGAGACGUCUUCCUAUGUCAGUGCCAAAGGAUACAUGUCCAGGGAAACUGAGACCUUUGAGUCUGUAGCUGAAGAUGAUCAGCUACCGCAGGUUGUGGAGGAGCUUCAUGAUGUUCACGUCUGUCCAGGUUCACCUAUUGCAAAGAUGCAGCUUAAAGUAAAGGGUUUCCCGAAACCCAGAAUAUACUGGUUUAAAGAUAGCCACCCUCUACGACCUUCGGAAAGAAUUCAUUUCUUAGCAGAGAGAGACGUUCAUGGCGUGGAGAUCACGGAGGUGAAAAAAGAGGAUAUGGGGGAGUACUCCGUCUACAUCAGCAAUGCAGCCGGUUCUGCUUACUCCUCUGCCCGGAUGAUAGUAUUGAGUCCUGGGGAGAUUUUACCACAAGAGAAAAAGGACCCUAAAGAGCCCCUGGUGCCACCCCGCUUCAUUGAAAGGUUCAGCAACAGGAAGGUGAAACAAGGAACAAGCAUCACUCUGUCUGUGAAAGUAGAAGGAUCUCCUACUCCCAUGGUCAACUGGCUAAAGGAGGAAUCUUUGGAGGAUGUCCUGUGGAUCAAGCCUGAUACUAAAGGAUACAAAAUAGCAAGCUCUGGGCGCCGGCACAGUCUCAUCUUGAUGGACGUGGGCACAGAGUACACUGGUGCCUACACCUGCAUUGCAACAAAUAAAGCUGGACAGUCCAUCUGCACUGCUCACCUGGAGGUGGAUGAGACUCCUCAGCCCAAGAAAGAGACAGCGGCUUCAGAGGUUCUUGGGAUUACAGUUAGUCCUCCACAGGAAGACACUAGCAGAGGAAAAGAGGGCAAAAUGCCUUUCCUAGGUGAAGUAGGUUCAGAGGAAUUCCUCAUGAAACUCACCUCUCAGAUCACUGAAAUGGUAUCGGCCAAGAUCACCCAAGACAGUUUACAGAAUCAUGAAGUGCUCCAGUGGAUGAAAUCUUGGCCCAAAUCUGCCACUUCAUUACGCGUACCAGGUGGUGACAGUGAUGAUGAGACCAAGACACCUUCUCCAUCGCCUCAUCACGGUCGCUCCCGUCCUCCCUCCCUCAUUGCUGACUCCUCCUCGGAGUCUGAUGAAGGAGAUGCCAGGGGAGAGAUGUUUGAUAUCUAUGUAGCAACAGCUGAUUACAACCCCAUGGUGGCGAGCAAAGAUUCCAUCUCUCUAAAGGAGGGACAGUAUGUUGAGGUUUUGGACUCUGCUCACCCACUCAAGUGGUUAGUUCGGACCAAACCCACCAAAACGACACCAUCCCGCCAAGGCUGGGUCUCACCGGCCUACCUGGACAAAAAACUCAAACUCUCCGCUGAUGCUGGCGAUCUUCCAGAAACGAGUGUGGAAGAGGUGUCUGAAGGAGAAUACAAGAGAAAAUUAUUCCAACUGAUCCAGGAACUGAUAAACGGAGAAUCAGAGUUUGUCAAGGAGGUGGAAUUCUUCACCUCCCAUCACCUGAAGCAUGCAGACAGUUCUGAUGCACCGCCUGAUGUCACCAGCCAGAAAGAGGCUAUUUUCAGAAACGUUGAUGAUAUCAAGUCCUUCCAUAGCAAGGCAUUCCUUCCGAAGUUGAAUGACUGCGACACUGAUGACGACAUAGCCAUGUGUUUCCUGAAGAACAAGGAGGGCUUUGAGAAGUACCUUCAGUAUCUUGUAGGUCAGGGCCAGGCUGAAUCUGCCAUCAGUGACAAGACUGUCCACAGCUUCUUUAAGGAAUAUACUGACACAGCGCAGGCUAAUGCAGACCCUGCAGAUCCACCAGUAAGAAGCAUAAAUGCCUAUCUCCAACAACCACUGGAGAGGAUUCAGAAGUACAAGGCCUUCCUGAAGGAGCUCAUUCGAAACAAAGCAAGAAAUGGUCAGAACUGCUGCCUGCUGGAAGAAGCUUUUGCAAUGGUGUCUGCACUCCCUCAGCGUUCUGAGAAUACCCACCAUGUCUCCAUGAUUGAGAACUAUCCUGCCACCCUCGAAGUUCUUGGAGAACCAAUUAGACAGGGGCCUUUCCAAGUGUGGGAGGGUGCGCCUGGAAUUAGAACGUCCUCUAGAGGUCACCACCGUCACGUCUUCCUCUUUAAGAACUACUGCAUCAUCUGCAAGCCCAAGAGAGACAGCAACACUGAUACACAAGCAUAUAUUUUCAAGAACAUGAUGAAGCUGAAUAACAUUGAUGUGAAUGAGACAGUGGAGGGUGAUGACCGUGCCUUUGAGAUUUGGCAUGAGCGCGAGGAUUCUGUGAGGAAGUACACCUUACAGGCCCGAACUGUUACCAUCAAGAACUCGUGGCUGAGAGACCUCAGAGAACUGCAGCAGCGAUACAGCAUGCCUGCAUGGAGUUCCCCUGAUUUUGAUGAAAUUCUGGCAAACUGCACAGCAGAGCUGGGCCAGACUGUUAAGUUGGCCUGCAAAGUUACUGGAGUACCCAAACCUGCGGUUACCUGGUACAAGGAUGGACGCGCAGUGGAGGCAGAUCCUCAUCACAUCAUCAUCGAGGACCCCGAUGGUUCCUGCACACUAAUCCUGGACAAUAUGACUGCAGAUGAUUCUGGUCAGUACAUGUGCUUUGCCACAAGUCCAGCUGGCAAUGCCAGUACUCUGGGAAAGAUCACAGUUCAGGUACCUCCUCGUUUUGUAAAUAAAAUAAGGAAUGCCAUCUUUGUUGCCGGUGAGGACGCUCAAUUCACCUGUGUAAUACAAAGCGCCCCCAAACCCAAAGUGAGGUGGUUCAAGGAUGGCAGGCUGCUGACUGACCAGCAGAAAUAUCAGACCUACAGUGAGCUCCGGAGUGGCGUUCUGGUUCUGGUAAUCAAAAACCUGACGGAGAGAGACCUUGGACACUAUGAGUGCGAGUUGUCGAACCGUCUGGGCAGUGCAAAGUGUGCUGCUGACUUGGUCCUCCCCUCUGCUGUGGCUCGCUCUGGUGAGCAGGCCAUCACCAUUGAAGUUACCGAGCAGGAGACAAAAAUACCAAAGAAAACCAUCAUCAUUGAGGAGACUAUAACCACCGUGGUGAAGAAUCCUCGAAUGAGAAGACACAGAUCACCCGGCUUGACUCUUGCUGGUGUCCACCGCUCUGAGACUUCCACCCCCGAGCCUCCUACAACCAGGACAAGGAGGAUGCCCACUCCAAGAAAGACCACUAUCCCAACUCUCUAUGUUACUGAUCCCCAGGGGGUGGAAGCCAGGGGAAUAGAGAGCAAGCCCAGGUGGGUUGAAGUAGAAGAGGUCAUCGAGUAUAAGGUCAGUAAGUCUCCCAGGCUGUCCAGGAGGAGAGGUAUUUCACCAGCAGGGUCUGAUCGUGCAGGCACUCCCUCGAGACCCAAAAGGUCUCCAGUGGAAAACCCAAAUGCUAACAAUUCCAACAACAAGCUUGUGGAGCAAGCACAGGCCCAGCUGCAGGGAGACAUCAGCAGCCAGCCGCUCUCCUGGGAGGAAGAGGUGACUGACGCUCCAUCUGGGUCUGCUUCUGGGGAGCCGCACGAGCUCUCUUCUGUCCUUGCUACAGCUGGAGAAGAUGACGACGACCUGGAUGAUCAACAAACUGUAAUUUUUGAACCUGAUGACGAGGAGGAUACAUCUGCAAGAAAGCAAGAGCCUGUGUUCCUAAAACAAGGAGAUCGUGUUUUAACCCUUGAGGACUUGGAGGAUUACGUCCCAGAGGAAGGAGAGACUUAUGGCUCCUCCCACACGCAACACGUUGAUGAAAAGCCUUGUGAGAUCUCUGUGCUUCAGAGAGAGAUUGGCGGUUCUACAGUGGGACAGCCGGUGCUUCUCAAUGUGGGCCGGCCUGAUGCGGUGCCCCGGCAAAGGACUGGCUUCUUUAGUCGCUUCAGGGAGAAUCUCUCCAGCAGCCUUUUCUCAUCUGCUGUCCCACCGCAGGCCAGGGAGGCUCGGUCCAGGGCGGAGAGGAACGUGCCUAUUCAAGUGAGCCAUGCAAAGCUGGAAGUGAAGCCUUCGUACUGCUCAGAGGUGCAGAGAGUUGAGGGCAGGCAGCAGAGUUUUAAAACCAAAGUGUCAACUCAGACCUAUGGUUACACAUCAGUUGGCAAUCCUGUCACUCUUAAAAUUAGAGAUGACCUUUAUCAGAACCAGUGAAAAGCAAACAUUUAAUUUGGCAUCACAAACCCUCUUAGUCUUAAAUAGGGACAUUCACUACAUAUGAAAAUACAGAUCGUAACCUGAGCAACAUUUACUGCAUUUGACAAACCAUUCCAUUUUUAGCCUGCCAAUCAGAUAAUAGCGUCAUCCUUAGUUAUUUUCUUGACAAAUUGUUAGACUCUACUGUCUCUUACAGAUAAGAUUAGAUGGAAACUAUAGGGAUAACUGUUUCACUGUAGGCAGGUUUCAGUCUGAUGCCAUUCUGCUAAACAUAUACAUGUUGUGUGAUGUACAAUAUGCAUGAUGGGCAGAAGCUAAGAAAGGUCUGACAUUUACUGAUUAAAACCUUCAUAUCUAAUUAUGAGUUGAAUUCUUUAAAUAAAAUACAUGUUUUUGGUUAUACAUACAGUGAUUGACAAAUUUAUGAGACUGCCACCCCCAGUGUAAGGUUUAUGUCACAGCUCCCUAAAUUAACAGUAGUGGUGAUUACCAAAAUCAGUUUUAUGUUUCUGUGAUGGUUAAUCCACUGGUAUGCCAUAUUACAGUUAUUUACUCGCAUGAUUGUUAUAAUUAAUUUGUGACUGCAGAGAAAUCUAGUGUCUAUUUUUUAUUGGGCUUUAUUGGGUAUAAAAUGCAUUUUUGAGAGAUAACAAAUUACAAUGAUGUUAAACAGUGUACCUACGCUGAAUGAUCAGCUUUAAACCCUGGUAUUAACUGAUCCAGAUGUAAUCCUUAGUCCAUUGCUACAUACAUGAAUAGGAUUUAUAUUUUUUCAGGUUUUACUUUUGUACCAUUCAGGCCAUGCUAUGGCACUUUGGAUUCCUGGAGCUGGAAAUAUUGGGAGGUAAUGAGACGCAUGUUUCAAGUAAGCAACACUGAAUAUAAAAGUAGUGUAAACUGUGGGACUGUUGUUUCAGGAGCUGUUAGUUAAUCAGAAUUGUCUAAUCAAACUGGAGAAUCACAAGUCUCUACUACAUUAUUUUGUGGUGUUGUGAAUGAUUCCUUAGUGAGCAGUUUAUACAAACAUGACACUUGCGCAAGCAAAUCAUGUGGUAGGUGAACAGAUGCUUGUUUCCAAGUUCCUACCAUCAACUAACUGAAUUUUUUACUCGACUUUUUUCGCAUUUGUGUCUGCUAGUGCAGUGAAACAGCCUGUAAACUCACAGGCUGUUACAGGGAUAUUCCUAUGCAAGUGACAAAUAUGUAGAUGAGUGACUGCAUGUAUUUGCUUCUCCAAGACAGAUGUGUUUCUCUAGAAUAACCAGUUGUCAUCUUAUAUUUGAUUAAGUGCAGAUGUUUAUGCAAAUUACUUGAGCUGACAAAAUUUACUACCUUUUCAGUGCAAUUUAAAAGUAACUAGAGUAACUUCCUAAUUAAACAUGUGUGGUGUUUGUGUUGAUCAAAAGGUGUCCGUUAAAAGGAUGAUUUUAUGUAAUAAUUUUAAAUCACAAACUGAUUGUACUUGCUUGUACUGUACAUGUGUAGUUUUGGACAAAACAUGGUUGAGUACAAAGUGUUCAGUUGAAUAAAAGUACUGCAAAUACACCACAUAAUUAGCUUCUGUAGUAAUUUCUUUAUGUAGCACAAAUUCUGCAUUGUUGUAUGGUAACAUAUUUACUGAUGUUUCAACAUAAAAGUCAUAGUGCUGGACAUGAACUGAGUACAUGUUUACAACAUGAACAUUUCUAUAACAGCUAGUUUGGUUUUAAAGAGGCCUUUGUGUAUUUGUUCAGCAUGAUGUAACAUUUGCAAGACUUGAAUUUAAAUGGUAGCAUCAGGAACAUAAAGCUCUCUGUGCAAAGGAAUGAAUGUUACAAGGUACAGAAAUAUACCGAUUUAGGCAUAAUUGACUAUCCAAUCUAAAAUGGAAAUUUUAAAAAUAUUUACUGUUUUCUUAAUUCUAAGCAAUAAAAAAGCAAAAAAUUCGCUGUCAUUUUACUGUACAGCUAAAGCUGAAAACUGAAACUUACACAAUAUAAAGUUUUCACAAAUGUACAACAUUAAAUAAACACGUGUUACAAAAGAAUACAAUGUAGUUGUACUGUUUGUACCUCUGUGAUGGGAUUCAAUUCUACAUGAGCACAGCAGUAUUUAUGGUUUUCCAGCAAACAAAGAGUGUAAGGAACCAGGACAUUACCUGGCAAGUUAUAUAAAAUAAUGAAAAAAAAAAAGUAAAAUAAAA